UGAAAUUAAUUUACCAUAUGUCUAUUAUUUAAUCCGUUGCUUAUGCAUUCAAUGUUUUCCUCGUCCACUCAGACGCAAUUAUAAUAUAGUUUAUAUUCUUUUUGCAGAUCCUUAUUAUUUGGCUGAUUAUAAUAAGAUUGCUUUUUUUAGUUCAAAAUAUUUUCUUUUUCUGUUUUUUUUUUAGAUGUUAUAUAGAGGGCAGCCUUCAAUAUUUAAAUAAUGGAGGCAGGGAGCCGGAGCUGAGAGAACCUGACGUACACGCACCAGAGAGAUGCACUACCUAAGCUGAAAGUUUGUGGGCUUUUCGCCAGGGCCUAAAACCCUUUGCUAAAACGCGUCGCUAUGUACCAAUAUGACUCAAAUGAGACUGCAGUGAUACGCCAGUAAAAUGCAGGCCAGAAGGAAGAGUGCAUCAGUGAUUGAGAAGGCCCAAGGUCUACUCAAGCAGUCACGGCGCUUGAGUUAUGUACCACCAGUUGCCACAGUUAAAAAUACAGAAGGCUCUGAGCUUGAUGCAUAUCUGUCACAGCUGUCAUUGAAAACCUCAGGAACACCAAUUAAAAAAACUAAGUCUGUCAUUGAUGGUCUCAGCGAUUUAAGUUUAACUACUGAUGAUGAAGAUAUUAACCCAGAACAGAGAGUAGUACAGAGCAGGUUUGUUAAGAAGAGCCUAAGCCAGACUCUUACCAAGCCCGUCUCUAGUGUUGAAGGUUUGGUUGCAGAUUCUACCAAACGGAGACCAGUUUCAGCAUCUGGGAAACUUAACAGAACAGCACCCUCAUACAGCUCAUCUGCACUAAAUAAAGCCGCUGCCUUCACAGCUAAGUAUGCGUCAAAGAAAAAAUCUGCUCAGAUUGUUACUUCAGAUGACAGUGACAUCAACGAGGACAUCAUUGCUGAAAUUACCAAUAAGAAGUUAAAUGUUAAAUCAGAUUCAUCUACAAAAUUUAAAGGUGCAAAAACAGAAGCAGAUAAAAUUAAAGGUUUACAAAGUUUAACAACUGUUGGUCAACCGGAGAAGUUUUCAAAAAGUAAACAUUAUGUCAGUAAUAUGCACUCACUUUCACCAAAGAGAGAUGCCUCAUCUGAUGAACGUAAGGAAGAGCUUAACACUCCUAAAAGUAAGUUCCUUAAAAAGUCUGCACAGACAGCAGGUAAAUCUGUGGACAAGAAAAAUUGGAGUAGCCACCUCAAGAAAACAGUUACGAACAAAGUUCAAACAUCAACCCCUAAGAAAAUAGAAAAGACUCCACCUUUAGAGUCGUUAAAGACUUUUGAUGAUAGUGAUGAUGAGAUGCAGGCAUUUAUCAUAAACUUAUCACCAGUUACUUCACCUGAUAUUCCACCAAUCAAAACACAACAGACAUCAGCAAGAUCAGCACACACCUCCAAAAAGGUUAAAGAAAAUGUAGAAGAACCAAAAGAAUCUGAAGACAUUGACAAUGAUUUAAGUACAGACAGUAGUAUUCCAGAGGAAGACAACAAAAGUCUUGUAGGAUUUCACUCACAUGUUCUACAAAUGACAGACUUACAAGAAGUGAUUUCAGAGGUUAGUAACACAGAGAAGAAAUUUGCCAAACAGAAUGCACCGGAAAAGAACCAAAGAGGGUUAACUUCUCGAUCCUCAAUUUCAAGUUUCCGCACAAUUGGUGGAGAUAGUGAUGAAGACAUUGUAGAGGAAGUCCAGACAGAAAGGUCUAUAUCAGGCAUCAGAAGGUUUGGUCUGCAGACAAUCAAUGAUCUCAGAGAUACUGCUUCCACCAAGUCUGAGAGUUAUGCCAGUGAUUUUGAAAGUGAUAGCGAGAUACUCACAGAGAACGCAACUUCUGAGAAACAAAGUGCUCAAAUAUGUGAAACAAUUGUGGAGCAAUCAUAUUCACACUCUUUUGAAAAGAGCAGUAGUAGUAUUAAGAAGAAAAAGAGGUCUGUAAGAGAUUCAUAUUCUACAUCCUUCAGCACUCAAACUCCAAGAAAUGAAUCGCCACAUUCAAAACAUAAGGGGAAGGGUCAGAGAAGCUUCAGUUAUACUGAAGACUUUGAUAGUGACUCAAGAAAAACAGAUUCAGAAGUGGAAGACCUUCCUAGAGAUGCAUCAAGAACUGAGACUUUCAGUCAAAGCUACACAUCUGAAACCAGGACAUUGACAAUUACUCCAAGAACAGCAAAGCGCCGCUCCAGAGUUCCUGGCAUUGAUGUUGGAACCCAAGUGGAUGCAGGAGGUCUGCAGUACCAAUGGAAUCCUAAUGAAGGAGUAGCAGUGCUUGGUCCGUCACUUGGCCUUGGGUAUACUGACCCAACACCGGUGGCUAGCCACGUCAUUUCCCCUGACGCCCUGGAAGCAUUGACUGGUUACAGUCCGAGCGUCCUUGCCAUGAAUAAUAUGUUGCGAGCUCAGUUAAUUGCCACACAGUCAGCCAUCCAGAACAUGAAUCGACUACAUCAUCAGCUAAUGAACUCCAUCUCUGAAGAUUACCAAUACACAACCCUUGAAGAAACCAGACAGAGGAGGGUUUUGUCCUCUAUGGAUAUAAAGAUGCUCAAACAAACAAGAAAAACACACUCAUACACACAUGAUACCAAGUCUCAUAAACCAAGUCUCGAAUGAGGCUAAGGAGCAGAGGGCAAUACAUAAACAAGCACAGGCAGCCACGAUUAACCAUGGAGGAGGCCCUCAAACAAGUCAAGGGGGAAAUGGAUGAUGGUUAUAGGUAAUGGCAGAUGGCAGGCUGUAGCCUCAGUGUGCCAG